AUGAAAGAUAAACCAGAAAUUGAGCAGAUAUCACCGUGUACAUCCGAGUCAGAGAACCUGAAAAAGCAACAAGUAGACGAUAAUAUUUAUCAUGAAAAGCCAGAUUGGUCAGCUUCAGCUAUAAAGAAAUAUUUCGCAACCAGAAUACCAACGUUAUUGGAUUUUCCUAUAAACCAUGAAACCAAGAGAUGGUAUGAAAUCGUAAAUCCUAUUCCAGGUUUGAGAGAAAUGACACCUUAUAAUUGGAAUCAAUACCUCUUGGGAUUGUCCUUGUGGUUAAUUGACUCAUUUGAUUUUUUUUGUGUUUCAGUAAAUGCUCCACACAUAGCUGCAACCUUAAAUGUUUCUGUGUAUGACAUUACUUGGGGUAUGACAUUAGUUUUAAUGCUUCGUUCAGUGGGUGCAAUUAUAUUUGGUUCAAUGGCUGAUAAGUACGGCAGGAAAUUUCCAUAUAUCUUGUUGUGCGUGCUUUUCACUGUUAUUGAAGUAUGCUCAGGAAUAGUUACAACGUUCAGACAAUUUCUUGGAGUUAGAGCUAUUUUUGGUCAACCUACUGCUGCAAGAGCAACGAUAUCAGGAACAUUCGUUCCCAUCUAUGGAAUUGGAUACUCAAUGGCCAUGAUCUUUGCAAGGGCAUUUGAAGGUACUUAUAAAGAAGGAGAAUCUUGGAGAUCUUUAUUUUGGUUUUCAGCUGGUUUGAGUGUCAUUUUAUUAGUUUGGAGAUUUUUUUCACCUGAAUCAAAAGAAUGGAUUAGAAUAAGAGAAAAGAAAAGGAAAUUAAAAGAAUUAACACCUGGUAUGAAAGAUAAUGCUUGGAAGAAAUUCACAAAUGCUAGUAUUUUUAAAACGUUACGAACGGAUUACUUACUAUUGUGCCAGUUAACUGUUUUGUAUGCUAUGUUUAACUUUACCACUCACGGAACUCAAGACCUUUUUGUUACAAUGUUGACGGUGCAAUACAACAUGAGCAUAGAUCUUAUAACAAUCAUAAUUCUGUUGCAAGGUAUAGCUGCAAUGAUAGGUGGUGUAAUUUGUGGUCCAUGCUCUGAAUUAGUUGGCCGUCGAUUUAUGAUUCUCAUAUGUCUGAUAUUCAAUGGUGCAUUUCUAUACCCAUCUUUUUUUAAUGUCAAUCAAUGGUGGCCAUUUUCAGUUGUUUUAGCAGGAGGUGUUUUGGGUUGUUGGGGUAUUUCAUCUGUUUAUUUAUUGGAAAUGACAAAUAAAGCAAAUAGAGCUUUAAUAGGAGGUUUAGCUUAUCAAUUAGGUAAUUUAGCAUCAUCAGCAUCAGCCACAAUUGAAGCUAGAUUAGCUGAACAAUUUCCAAUUGAAGGGAGACCAGGGGUUUAUGAUUAUGGUAAAACCAUGUGUAUAUUUUCUGGAGCUGUAUUUGGAGCUAUGAUAAUUUGUAUUAUUUUAAGUCCUGAAAGAUUUCAUGCUAAUGAAGCUUUGGAAGAUGAUGAUGAUGAUGAUUUAUUACUUGAAGAAGGUAAUCAAAGUCAAAAUUCAUUCAAUGAGAAACUUGAAGAAGGUAAUCAAAUUCAAAUUUCAUCCAAUGAGAAACAUAUCUGA